CCGGUUGGCUGCGAGCGGCGCGAGCGUUGCGUCAGGCGCAGAGCCUUAAAAGGGGCGCGGGCGGCGGCGGCGCGGCCGGAGCGGAGCAGCGCGGGGACGAUGUGGACGAGGAUGAGUCGGGGGCAGCGCUCGGGCCGGGGCCACGGGGAGCUAGGGCCGCCCAGGAAGGCAUCUCGGAGAAAGUGCGUCCUCGUCGGCCUCGUCGGCACCUGAGAGCCGCCCGGUGCUGGCCUGGAGGUAACAAUGGCAGCCGAGGGGCUGCCCGCGGGGACUCCCUGCGGCUGGGAGCUGGAGGGCUGGUACCAGGACCUGCAGGAGGUGCUGGCUGCGGAGCCCGGCGGGCCCUCCCUGCCCUGGGGGGCGGAGCAGGCAGAGGUGGCCCCGCUGUGGGGCACAGAGGGGUCUGGCGGUGGCCCGGAGGGCUGUGAGCUGGCCGCUGCCCUGGCUGCGGAGCUGCUGGGCCCAGAGAGCGCAGCGGGCACGGAGCCGGCGGGACCCAGACCCCCGGGCUCAGCCUCCAGCAGCAGCCCCCCGGCCCGGGCGGGCGCGGAGGAGGAUGAAGCAGCUGCGGGGCGUGGGGUGAAGAGGAAGAGGUGCAGCGGCGCGGGCGCCAGCAGGGAGCUGGCCAAGCACCGGGAGCGGGCCAACGAGCAGCGGGUGCUGGAGCUGACAGCCCGUAACGAGCAGCUGCGGGAGGAGAUCCAGCGGCUCAGCGCGGAGGUGGAGCGCACGCGGGCGGCCCUCAUCGACCACAUCGUCAACCUCCGGCGCAAUUAGCACCACGGCAGCCCCUGCGGACCUGGGGGGUGGCCAUGAACUGGAGGGGCAGUGCCUCGCUGGCACAGACUGAUGCUGUGGGGAUGGCACUGCUUCUGUACACCAUUGUAUAGUUUUUUUUGCAUUUUAUUACAUGCAUGUAACCACCAUCAGA